AUGGCUGCUGUUCCUUCUGCUACUGAUAGUAUCCUUACCAACUCCUCUCAUCUUGAAGCUGCAGGUUUACUAGAGAACUUGUCAAUAGAUCCUCAGACCAAGACUUCUGGAAAUCCUGCACCUGCUACAAUGCCUUCUACUAGUCAAUAUGGAUCAAGUGACUUGGCUACUAAUACAGCCAAGCCAUCACAGCGGUCUACCAUGCCUCAUCAUGUAGACCCAAAUGCGUUCUAUGUCCCUAAAGGGUCUCCGUCGAUUGCAUAUAAUGGAGGUAAGACGCUCUAUGAUGGCUACGCUAGAGAUGUCUAUGGCGAUAAUGGAACCUUCAUGUACAACCAAGGCUAUGGUUAUGCCCCUUUUGGAACAUAUCCCUCACCAAAUUCAUCCAUUCCUACCAUGGCAUAUGAUGCCCAGUUAUAUGGUGCUCAGCAAUACCAGUAUCCCAGUUCCUUUUACCAGCCUUCAACUUCUGCAGGCUUGUUCUACCCCUCUAAUCAGUCCAAUCAUUCUCAAGUGCAUGUAGCAUCUUCAGAUGCAGCUGACAAAGUGCCCUUUCCUGCUGGUACUCCUACAAGAAACCCCAAUAACAAAGUGAAUGCUGGAAGUGUAAAUAGAAGCAACGGACAUGCAAGUGGUGCAGGAUACUCAUCACCACUGGAUUGUUUAAUUAUUGUUGGUUUAUUGAUCUACUCUCAGAAUACUCAUCCUAUUAGACCAAUAUCUGGCAUGGGCCAAGCAUCUGGGUACAUGAACUUGGUGUACCCAAACAACAGGAUGUAUGGUCAAUACGGAAACAGGACAUAUGGUCAAUAUGGAAACAGGAUGUAUGGUCAAUAUGGAAGCAGAGUUGGUACAGAUUUUGGAUCUUAUGCCUACAACUCCUGGACAAACGGACGUGGGUGGGUGGUUGUUGAUAACAAGUACAAAUCUAGGGGCCAUGGCUAUGGAUAUGAGAACAGGGAUGGUUUGAAUGAGCUAAAUAGAGGACCAAGGGCCAAGAGUUUCAGGAACCACAAGGAAUUUGGGGUUGUCACACAAACAGUAGAGGGGCAGAACUUUCCAUUGUCUGAGAGUAAUGAGGAGAAUCUGCCCCAAAUUCCAGACAGGGAACAGUACAAUCGAGAAGACUUUCCUGGGGAUUAUUCAGAUGCAAAGUUCUUUGUUAUUAAAUCAUUCAGCGAAGAUGAUGUCCAUAAGAGCAUCAAAUAUAGUGUGUGGACAAGCACUCCCAAUGGUAAUAAGAAGCUGGAUGCUGCUUAUAAACAGGCCAAAGAGAAUGCUGGUGGCUGUCCUGUGUUUCUGUUAUUCUCAGUCAACACCAGUGGGCAAUUUGUUGGAUUGGCAGAGAUGAUGGGGCCUGUUGAUUUUAACAAAACUGUGGAGUAUUGGCAGCAGGACAAGUGGACUGGUUGCUUUCCUUUGAAGUGGCAUAUUAUUAAGGAUGUUCCAAAUGGUUGUUUGAGGCAUAUAACACUUGAAAACAAUGAGAACAAGCCCGUGACCAAUAGUAGGGAUACCCAGGAGAUUUCGGAAGGGAAGCCUGCCGCACUGAUGGGAAAAGAGAGUUUGCAAACAGAAACGGCCUCCAUGAAUGAACCAGUUGGUGUUUCACCACUCGAAUCGGUGGAGACAAAUGGAGAGGUGAAUGUGAAAGAUGAGAAUGGAUCCGAUUCAACUGUUGAAAACUCUGCCAACGAUGCUACAUCCGCUAUAUCAUCUGAAAACAAGGUUGUCCCAAAUGUGGUUGCAAGUGCCUGCUAA